GAGCUGCACACUUUUCAAAAUAUGGUUGAUUUUAUGAAGAGAGCCCUUGAAUUAGCAUCAGAAGCUUUAUCAGCUCAAGAAGUACCUGUUGGUUGUGUUUUUGUUAUAAAUUCCGAGAUUAUUGCAGAGUCUAGAAAUAUUGUCAAUGCCACACACAAUCCGACAAGACAUGCAGAAAUUAAUUGUAUUGAUUCUGUUAUAGAACAUUGUAAAACUAAUGAUAUAGACUACAUGUCAUAUUUUAAAAAUGUAACUGUUUAUGUAACUGUAGAACCUUGUAUUAUGUGUGCAGCUGCCCUUAGUAAUUUAAUGGUAAAAGAAGUUGUAUAUGGUUGUGCCAAUGACAGAUUUGGUGGUAAAACUGUAUUAGAUAUAAGCAAUUUUUAUGAAUACAAUUAUAAUUUGGUUGGAAAUCUAAUGGCAAAUGAGGCCAUGGCUUUACUGAAACAGUUUUAUAAAGGUGCUAACCCCAAUGCUCCAGAGUCUAAAGUGAAAAAAGAUAAAACUUUAACUAUAAAUUAAUAUUUCGUAUAAAGUAUGUUCAUAUUUAUUAAAAGAAUCACACAACUUACCACAUUUAUUUAGUUUUCAUUAUGAAAAACUUGCCAACAUGUUUAGAAUUUUUGAUUAAUUUUAUUUAUAGUUUAGAUAGAUGGUAAGAUUUCUAUUGAUUAUAAAUGAUAAUUUGUGCAAUGAAACAAAAUAAACUAUCUUU